CCUUGCCGGGCUGUCGCACCCGGUGCGGGCUGACAGCGCAGAGCGCGGUGGUGCUGUUCAUCAGGCGUCACUCUCCAGCGGCAGAGGAUUGCCCGUCCGUCAGUGCCAGACAGGCUCACGAUGCGGAUGUCGGUGACGGCGUGCGCGCUGGCGGCGCUCCUGGCGCUGAGCUGCGCGCCCCAGGCCAGCCAGGCCGCCUACUGGGGCGACGACCGGACGCCGCUCACGAGGGCCACCAUGCCCCGCGGACACGUGGAAAGCCCGCCCGGCGAGGGGCCGGCGGCCGAAGCGCUGGAGAGGCUCACCUACAGGGACUACAGCAGCGCCCCGGCCAUCCGCACCCCUGCUGAGAAUGGAUACAAGAUCGUGUGCUACUAUGGCGCGUGGGCCAUCUACCGGGCGGAGCCGAUGAGCUUCCGCCCGUCCGACGUGCAGGAGCAGGGCUGCACGCACCUCAUCUACUCGUUCGCCGGCCUGCACAACAAGACGCUGGAGAUUGUCAGCCUGGACCCCAAGCUCGACAUUGAGAAGGGUGGUUAUGCCGAGGCGAUCGCUCUGAAGCAGAAGAACCCCCAGCUGAAGGUGAUGAUCGCAAUCGGGGGAUGGAACGAGGGCGGCAAGAAGUACUCUGACAUGGCCAGCACAGCCGCCAGCCGCACGCGCUUCGUCCGGUCGGCCACCGCCUUCCUCAUGGAGCACAAGUUCGAUGGACUGGACCUGGACUGGGAGUACCCUGGCGCCUCGGACCGCAACGGCACGUGGAGUGACAAGGAGAACUUCGCGCUGCUAGUGGAGGAGCUAUACGCGGCGUUCCAGCCGCACGGCCUGCUCCUCUCGGCGGCCGUCUCGCCGGCCGGCUUCCGCGUCAACGAGGGCUACCACGUGCCGCGCCUCUCCGCCAAGCUGGACUUCAUCAACGUGAUGACGUACGACCUGCGUGGCCCCUGGGAGAACUUCGCCGACCAUCACUCGCCACUGCACCGCCGCGAGAGCGACAAGUGGAGCUUUGCCAAGCUGAACACGCGCGACGGGCUGAAGCUGUGGAUCGAGAAGGGGGCCGACCCCAAGAAGGUGCUGCUCGGUGUGCCGUUCUACGGCCGCUCGUUCAUGCUGCGAGGCGCCGACACGACGCCUGGAGCCGCCUCGACCGGCACCGGCCCGCCGGCCAUGUACACCAAGGAGAAAGGCUACUGGGCUUACUUCGAGGUGUGCAAGACGCUGGCGCAGGAGCCGGGCUGGACGAUCAAGAAGGACGGCGCCGGCGGACCUUAUGCCUACAAGGACAAAGCCUGGGUCGGCUACGAUGAUUACUCAUACGUCUCCAAAAAGAUGGACCUGGUGAAGGAGCUGGGACUGGGCGGCGCCUUCGUCUGGGCGAUCGACCUGGACGACUUCCAGGGCGUGUGCGGCGGCAAGUGGCCCCUGCUCCGCGCUAUCAAUGAGAAGCUCAGCACCGACGGCAUGAUGACCAUGAAGCCCAUGACGACCAUGAAGCCCAUGACGACCAUGAAGCCGGACACCAUGAAGCCGGACACCAUGCCUGGGACAAUGACCACGAUCGAGUCCAUGACCACCAUGAAACCUAUGGCGACCGAGAAGCCUUCCACCAUGAUGGAGAAGCCGACCACGACGUCCUCCCCAUCGACCGGCGCGACGUCGCUGCCGUCGAGCCAGGACGAGUUUAGCUGCCCUGCGGACGGCUUCUUCCGCGACCCGCACAACUGCAAGGUCUACUACCACUGCUCCAACGGCAUGGGCCACAAGUCGGUCUGCAACGACGGCCUGGUGUUCGACAGCGAGAAGAACGUCUGCAACUGGGCGGACCAAGUGUCGGAUUGCCCGAGCGGCGCCGGCAUGGUCGAAGAGGAAGGACUCGACGGGCGCGAGCCGCCCACGUUCCAGUGCCCCCGCUCUGGCAGCGGGCUCUUCUCCAGCCCGGACGACUGCAGCAUGUACGUGUGGUGCAACCAAGGCCGCACGCACCAGCUCACCUGCGGGCCGCACAUGCACUUCGACACGCGCUCGGGCACCUGCAACUACCCCAACAGGGUGCAGUGCCAGCGCGGCGUGGCCACGCGCGUGGCCGGCAUUGGUGAUGACCUGGGCCCGGACAUGGUCGCCACUCGAGCCUCGCAAGACAACAAGGUGGUCUGCUACUUCACCAACUGGGCGUGGCGGCGCGAGGGCGGCUCGGCCUUCGCCCCAGAGAACAUCGACCCGACGCUCUGCUCGCACGUCAUCUACGAGUACGCCGUGCUUGACCCGAACGAGCUCACGCUCGUCUCAUUCGACGAGUGGACGGACUUUGACAACAACUUCAUCGGCGGCUGGACCGACUCGGCCGGCGACAAGUACAGCCGCAUGGUGGCCACGCGCGCCAGCCGCGCCAAGUUCAUCAGCUCGGCGCUCAGCUUCGUCACCGACUACGGCUUCGACGGGCUGGACCUGCAGUGGGCGUUCCCUGUGUGCUGGCAGGGCGACUGCACGGCCGGCGCCGCCGCCGACAAGGCGAACUUCGCCAUGCUGCUGAAGGAGCUGCGCGAGGUCUUCGACGCCAAGGACAACGACCUGCUCCUGACAGCCGCGGUGGCCGCCCACGACAACAUCGUCCAGAAGGCUUACGACGUCGGCAGCAUGAACAAGUACCUGGACUUCGUCAAUCUGAUGACGUUCGACUUCCACGGCGGCUGGGAGCCCAUCACUGGCCUGGUGGCGCCGCUCUACGGCUCGGACGCGUCCGACACCAAGAGCGUGGUAGGUAGUGCCGACAGCCGUGACUCUAGGGUGGAGCUGAAAUUGACGCGGGCCGUCAAGCUGUACGCCCGCAUGGGCCUGGACAAGGCCAAGAUGGUGGUGGGCAUCCCGUUCUACGGCCAGUCGUACAAGCUGUCCACGGGCGGGCACAGCGUGGCGGCGCCGGCGGCCGGGCCCGGCCUGGCCGGCGAGAAGACGCAGCAGCGGGGUAUGCUCGCUUACCACGAGAUCUGCUUCAGGCUGCGGACUGGCUGGAUGUCGAAGAGGACGGCGAACGGAGAUCCCUACAUGUACCUCAAGGACCAGUGGGUCAGCUACGAGGACGUCCAGUCCAUCAAGAAGAAGGCUGACUACAUCGCGUCCAAUGGUCUCGGUGGAGCCAUGGUCUGGACCCUGGACUUGGACGACUUCGAGAACAAGUGCUGCAGCGAGCCGCAGCCGCUGCUGCGCGCCGUGUCGCGCGCGCUGCGCGGCGUGCCGUCGGGCCCGGUGCAGGCCAGCUGCAAGCAGCCGCCGCCGGCGGUCACGCCCGCGCCGCCUCCGAUGACGACUACCUAUGACUCCGGCGCUGUUCAGUCCCCGACGACUACGAAACGACCCCGGCCAGCCUUUUCCGAGACUACCACCACCACCACCACCACCACUACCACGACAACUGAGAAGACGACUACCACCGCUCCCACUACCACUACCACCUCCACCACUACCCCAGCAACAACGAGCGCCGCCUCCACCGAAGCUCCGCACAUGACAAGCCCGGCGCCUGGCGGUCUCAAGUUCAACGCUAUCGGAUUCGCGGCCGACCCGGAGAGCUGUUCCUCCUACUAUCGCAAGACGCCCGAGGGCCCAAUCAAACUGACCUGCUCAUCGCCACUUCACUUCAACCCGGAGUCGAGCCAGUGCGACUGGCCGGACGCGGUCAAAUGCCAGAUCAAGCAGGGAGUUAAAGGAGAGACGGAAGAGAUGUCACCAGAAAUGGCUGCAAGCAGUUCUACCGAGAAUCCCAGCACUUCCACCGCUCCCUCGACUACCACCACGACUACCACCACGACUACCACUACCAAGCCCACCACAAUGACCACCACUAUGACCACCACAACUAAGAGGCGCACCACGGUCGACGACGUGACGAUGGCUCCCGCUGAGAAGCCCAUGACAACCUCGGAGAACAUCCCGAGGACUGAGAAAUGCGAAGAUGGCACCUUCAGUCCUAUCCCGGGCACCUGCCAAGCGUACAGCUGGUGUCUGGGCGGCGAGAAGCUGACGCAGCAGUGUGCGCCAGGCCUGGUCUGGAAUCAGCAGCGCCAGAUUUGCGACUGGCCGGAGAACACCGAAUGCAGCUCGGGGGGUGGCGCCACCAUGGAGACGCCGUCGGCCAUGACUACGGCUUCGGCCCAAGAUCAGAGCACGACCAGUGCGAUGACAGCCACCGAGAAGCCGGCCAUGCCCGACACAGGAAUGACCACCCGCGACCCGUCCAUGUACAAGGUGGUGUGCUACUUCACGAACUGGGCUAUGUACCGCCCUGGCACCGGCAAGUACACGCCAGAGAACAUCGACCCCAGCCUCUGCACGCACAUCGUGUACGGCUUCGCCACCCUCGACUACUCGACCCACAAGAUCCGCAUCUUCGACCGCUGGGCGGACAUCGACGAGCCGAACAUGAUGUACAAGAAGGUGACCGAUCUGAAGAAGAUGGGCAAGAAGGUAUUGAUCGCGCUCGGCGGCUGGAACGACUCCAUGGGCAACAAGUACAGUCUGCUUGUCAACAACCCCGCGUUCAGGAAGAUUUUCAUCGACGACGUCCUGGAGUUUAUCAAGGAACAUAACUUUGAUGGUCUCGACCUUGACUGGGAGUACCCCAAGUGCUGGCAGGUGGACUGCAGCAAGGGCCCCGACAGCGACAAGCCGGCGUUCGCGGCCUGGGUGCGCGAGCUGAAGGAGGCCUUCAAGCCGCAUGGCUACCUGCUGUCGGCCGCCGUCUCGCCCAGCAAGCAGGUUAUCGACAAUGGGUAUGACGUGGCCGAGGUCAACAAGUACUUGGACUGGAUCGCCGUCAUGACGUACGACUUCCACGGCCACUGGGACAAGAAGACCGGACACGUGGCACCUUUCGAGGCCCAUCCUGAGGACGACUACGACUACUUCAACGUGAAAUCAGCCAUCGAGUACUGGAUCGAAAAGGGCGCCGACGCCAGGAACAUCGUGAUGGGCAUGCCGUUGUACGGCCAGUCCUUCACGCUGACGAGCGCCUCCAACAACGGCCUGAACGCGCCCAUCUCGGGUCCGGGCGCGGCCGGCGAGGCCACCCGCGCCCGCGGCUUCCUCUCCUACUACGAGAUCUGCAAGCGCCAGCAGGAAGGCUGGACGACGGUGCAGGAUCCGCUGAAUCGCAUGGGACCGUACGCCUACAAGGGCAACCAGUGGGUCUCCUUCGACGACGAGGCUUCCAUACGGCGCAAGACUCAGUGGAUCAAAACGAUGGGCCUUGGCGGAGGCAUGAUCUGGGCGCUCGACCUGGACGAUUUCAACGGCGUCUGCUCACAGAAGAAGUACCCGCUGCUGACGAUUAUCGCGGACGGCCUGCUGAUGAACACAGCCGGAAUGGGAGGCGAGACCAUGGGUCCUGGAUCCGCAGGAAUGGGCGCUGAGAAACCAGAUAUGGGCGUGGAGAAGCCAGAUAUGGGUGCCGAAAAGCCGGAUAUGGGCAUGGAAAAACCAGAUAUGGCUGCCGAAAAACCGGAUAUGGGUACGGAAAAGCCAGAUAUGGGUGGUGAGAAACCGGACAUGGGUGGUGAAAAACCGGACAUGGGUGCUGAGAAACCGGACAUGGGUGCUGAGAAACCGGAUAUGGGUACUGAGAAACCAGAUAUGGGUAUGGAAAAGCCUGAUAUGGGCACUGGGUCUACGGACAUGGGCUCCGGUACGGACAUGGGCGCUGAAAUGUCCGGGCCGCCUGCACUAGGUCCGUUCGGGCCCGCGGCUGAAGGCGAGUACAAGGUGGUGUGCUACUUCACCAACUGGGCCUGGUACCGGCCCGGCGAGGGCAAGUACAGACCGUCCAACAUCGACCCUGACCUCUGCACACACAUCAUGUACGGCUUUGCCGUGCUCAACGGUGACCAGGGCAUCAUACGGCCGCACGACAGCUGGGCCGAUCUCGACAACGAGUUCUACGCCAAGGUGACCGAGUUCAAGAAAAAGGGCAUCAAGGUGAUUCUGGCGCUGGGCGGCUGGAACGACUCCCGUGGUGAGAAGUACAGCAAGCUCGUCAACAAUCCGGAUCGCCGCAGGCGCUUCGUGGAGCAGGCGGUGGAGUUUGUGACGAAGUACAACUUCGACGGCCUCGAUCUGGACUGGGAAUAUCCCAAGUGCUGGCAGGUGGACUGCAGCAAGGGUCCCGAGUCGGACAAGACAGCAUUCACGGCCUGGAUCCGUGAGCUGAAGGAGGCGUUCGAACCGAAGGGCCUGCUGCUAACCGCCGCCGUGUCGCCCAACAAGAAGGUCAUCGAUGCUGGAUACGAGGUGCCCAUGCUCUCCAAGUACCUGGACAUCAUCUCGGUGAUGACGUACGACUACCACGGCCACUGGGACAAGAAGACCGGACACGUUGCCCCCAUGUAUGAACACGCCACUGACGAAGUCAAGUAUUUCAACACGGACUUCACCAUCAAGUACUGGAUCGAGCAGGGCGCUGACCCCAAGAAGAUCGUGAUGGGCAUGCCGAUGUACGGCCAGUCGUUCGGCCUCGCGGACACGAGCGUGAACGGACUGAACGCGCGGGCGUACGGCAAGGGUGAGGCCGGCCGCUUCACGCGCGCCGGCGGCUUCCUCGCCUACUACGAGAUCUGCCACAAGAUCAAGACGCAGGACUGGACGGUGGUCAAGGACCCCAAGCUGCGGAUGGGCCCGUACGCCUACCGCGGCAGUCAGUGGGUGUCGUUCGACGACGUGGAGACGAUCCGCUACAAGUCCAACUACGUCCGCCACAUGGGUCUAGGCGGCGGCAUGAUCUGGGCGCUCGACCUGGACGACUUCAGGAACCGGUGCGGCUGCGAGGCGCACCCGCUGCUCAAGACGAUCAACCGCGUGCUGCGCAACUACCCGGAGGGCCAGUCCUGUGAGGUUGGCGGAACGGUGGUGCAGGCCACCGAGCCGCCGCCUCCGGGCGAGACCACCACGCCGAAGCCUCCGCCGAAGCCACCCGCGACCGGCGGCUCCUGCAGCAACCAGGGCGAGUACCGUCCUCACACCGACUGCAACAAGUACCUCCUGUGCAACAACAACGAGUACCUCAUCAUGCCGUGCCCGCCGGGCCUGCACUGGAGCGCGCAGGCGGAGAUCUGCGACUUCCCCGGGAGUGCCAAAUGUGAAAGGAAGAAAGAAGAGGCUGCCACCGAGCCGUCAGACACCUCCACCACUCUGGAAGGAAAGGUGGAACCGACGGGGAAUGACCAGACGUCUAGCAAAUCUCCCAGCACUACUACUACCACGUCCACAACUACCACCUCCACCACGUCCACAACCACCACCACGGAGAAGGCCAUGGUUCCUGAGAUGACGACGGAGAAGGUGGAGAUGACAAUGAAGCCGUCUAUGCCUGGAGGACAGAAGGAGCUGCAGUCUGGCAGCAAGUGCACGCAGGAGGGCGGCAAGUUCCCCAGCGUCGAGUGUGACAAAUACUACACCUGCGUGCACGGCUCCCUGAUGGACAUGUACUGUCCUCCCGGCACCCACUACAACAGGGAGAAGACUCAGUGCGACUGGCCGGCGUCGGCCAAGUGCCCGACGGCUGGCCAGACGGAGAGCUCGAGCUCCGGCUCUGGGGGUCAGACCAUCACCAGCCCGGCCCGGCCUGGUAUCACGGUCACCACCACUCCGGCGGCGCCCACCACCAGCACGGAGCCGGGCAUGACCCAGGACACCGGCUACAAGGUGGUCUGCUACUUCACCAACUGGGCCUGGUACAGACGCGGCAAGGGCAAGUACACGCCUUCCCGGAUCGACACCAGCCUCUGCACCCACAUCGUGUACGGCUUCGCCACGCUGCAUCCGCAGACGUUCACCAUCAAGACGCACGACCCGUGGGCCGACAUCGACAACGAGUUCUACACCAGGGUCAGCGGACUGAAGUCUGAUAAGGUGAAGGUGCUGAUCGCGCUCGGCGGCUGGAACGACUCGCUCGGCAGCAAAUACAGCGUGAUGGUCAACAGUCCUGAGAAGCGGCGUCGCUUCCUCGAGUCGAUCAUCGCCUUCAUCGAGAUGUACAACUUCGACGGUCUCGACCUCGACUGGGAAUACCCCAAGUGUUGGCAGGUGGACUGCACUAAGGGCCCUGAUUCGGACAAGACGGCCUUCACGGCCUGGAUCCGCGAGCUGAAGGAGGCGUUCGAGCCCCGCGGCUGGCUGCUCACCGCCGCCGUGUCGCCCAACAAGAAGGUCAUCGAUGCCGGGUACGAGGUGCCCAUGCUGUCCAAGUACCUGGACAUCAUCUCGGUGAUGACGUACGACUUCCACGGCCACUGGGACAAGAAGACCGGACACGUCGCUCCCAUGUACUACCACCCCGAAGACGACAUCUCGUACUUCAACGCCAACUUCACGAUCAACUACUGGAUCGAGCUGGGCGCGGACCGCAAGAAGAUCGUGAUGGGUAUGCCCAUGUACGGCCAGUCGUUCGGUCUGACUGAGGCCUCCAAGCACGGCCUCAACGCCAAGUCCUAUGGCAAGGGCAAGGCCGGCAAGUACACCCGCGCCGCCGGCUUCCUCGCCUUCUACGAGAUUUGUGAGAAGGUGCAGCAUGAAGGCUACACGGUCGUCAAGGAUCCGGAGAACCGCAUGGGCCCAUACGCCUACAGGGGUCAGGAAUGGUUCUCUUACGAUGACAGGAAGAUGAUUAGACAGAAGUCGCAGUACAUCAAAGACAUGGGCCUGGGCGGCGGCAUGAUCUGGGCGCUCGACCUGGACGACUUCCGCGGCACCACGUGCGGCUGCGAGCCCUACCCGCUGCUGCGCACCAUCAACCGGGUUCUGCGUGACUUCUCCAUCCCGGAGCCGGCGUGCGACGCGUAGACGGUCGGCCGGCUGACCUCAGGAGAGCGGCAGUCUAGUGCGCGCCGGCUCCCCUCAUCCACACUUGUCCGUGUGUGUCAGGGCAGUCUCGUGAGCACCGGCUCCCCUCAUCCGCACUUGUCCGUGUGUGUCAGGGCAGUCUCGUGCGCACCGGCUCCCCUCAUCCGCGCUUGUCCGUGUGUGUCAGGGCAGUCUCGUGCGCACCGGCUCCCCUCAUCCACACUUGUCCGUGUGUGUCAGGGCAGUCUCGUGCGCACCGGCUCCCCUCAUCCACACUUGUCCGUGUGUGUCAGGGCAGUCUCGUGCGCACCGGCUCCCCUCAUCCACACUUGUCCGUGUGUGUCAGGGCAGGCUCGUGAGCGCUGGGCGUCGCACCGCCGGGUGGUCCGGGCGGGACGGCGACCGCGAGAUAUGUGAGGCAUUCAUCAUUUACUCAGCUGUUUGUGAACACUUUCGACAUGGCACAAGUGGUGACUGUGUUGAAAAACAGUGGCAUUAGCAAAGCAGGUGGUAUUUAAGAUUUGGACGGGCGGGUUUCGAAUAAGUGUGUUUGCAGAAUAAUUGGACGCCGAGCUAUAUCAUG